GGAACAUUCAGCCAUUAUGAGGCUAUGAGGGGUGCUACCUGUUUUGCAUAGGUUCUCACGCAAUCAAAAAAGUCACUAAAUACCUGUAGCGAGUGAAACACACCUAGCUUUGGACGUAGGUGUCUGUAGGUGUGGGUUGACUGGUUUUCUUUGGUGGAUUUAUUUUCUGGAUUGCUGUUCCUUUAGGGUGGAUUCUUUAUUCGAGGUGCGUUUAGAGUAGUUUUUUCUUUCUAUCCUUAACAUGACGACGAAUAUAGACAACUUGGUGGUGUUAUUUGCCACAACAUCUGGUGCCAGUGGGGAUUUACUGGGGUCAGACGAAAAGGAACUCAUUCAGUUGGUGUGGCAAGUUGUGGACCUGGCGAACAAGAAGACUGGGAAACUGAAUGAAGUUUUCAUCAGACCUAAACAUUUGGAAUUGACGGACGAAUGUAAAGAAGAAAGUGGGGUUGCCGAAGAAACCAUCUCUUCAGCCGAACCAUUGGGAAAUGCGUUAAACCAGUUUAAUCAAAGGCUCAUUGCUGAGGUGGAUGGGGCUUCCCUCUGUUUAUGCACUGAUGGUCAGCUUCAUAUUCGUCAAGUUAUUCACCCUGAAGCUUCAAGCAAGAAUAUCAUGCUGCCAGAAUGUUUCUAUUCCUUUUUCGACCUGCGAAAAGAAUUCAAGAAAAACUUCCCUUCGUCAGCAGAUUUGAAGGAUCUAGACAUUCAAGUCAUGGCAAACUAUCUGAAUAUAACCACAGACUCAUCAGCCGACACGUCUGCAGCACUGAAUGUCCAGUCUAUGGCCAGCAUUGUCCUUGCACUUAUCUCAGAACCUGUCUGUUACAAUUUCACCCAUCCUGAGAGAGUCAAUGAAAAAUUUGAAACUGGCACUUGCAGUAAGAUGGAGAGAGUGGAUGACAACACUGUGAUCCGGGCUCGAGGCCUCCCCUGGCAGUCCUCAGACCAGGACAUCGCCCGUUUCUUCAGGGGUCUCAACAUCGCAAAAGGGGGGGCAGCACUGUGUCUUAACGCCCAGGGCCGGAGGAAUGGGGAAGCCCUUGUUCGGUUUGUGAAUGAGGAGCACAGAGACCUAGCCCUGCAGAGACACAAGCACCACAUGGGGAACCGAUACAUAGAGGUAUACAAGGCAACCGGUGAAGACUUUCUCAAAAUAGCUGGAGGCACAUCGAACGAGGUGGCCCACUUCCUGUCCAAAGAGAACCAGAUUAUUGUGCGCAUGCGAGGCCUUCCCUUCACUGCCACGGCCGAGGAUGUGCUGCUCUUCUUCUCUCCCGCCUGCCCCGUCACCGGGGGUAAGGACGGCAUCCUCUUCGUCAAGUACCCCGACGGCCGGCCCACCGGGGACGCCUUCGUGCUCUUCUCCUGCGAGGAGUACGCCCAGAACGCUCUCAAGAAGCACAAGGAGAUCCUGGGGAAGCGCUACAUCGAGCUGUUCAAGAGCACAGCGGCAGAGGUGCAGCAGGUAUUGAACAGGUACACAUCAGCCCCCCUCAUCCCCAUCGCUCCCGCUCCCAUUAUACCUGUGCUACCUCAGCCCCCCUUCGUCCCCCCGCCGGGAGUGCGGGACUGCGUCCGUCUGAGGGGGCUCCCCUACAUCGCCACCAUCGAGGACAUCCUGGAGUUCCUGGGGGAGUUCACCGCUGAUAUCAGGCCCCACGGCGUCCACAUGGUGCUGAACCAGCAGGGCCGGCCUUCCGGGGACUCCUUCAUCCAGAUGAAGUCAGCGGAGAGGGCCUUCAUGACAGCCCAGAAGUGCCACAAGAAGACCAUGAAGGACCGCUACGUGGAGGUGUUCCAGUGCUCCGCCGAGGAGAUGAACAUUGUGUUAAUGGGGGGCACGUUGAACAGGAAUGGCUUGUCCCCACCGCCAUGUAAGUUACGACGCCUCUCUCCCCCCUCCUACACCUUCCCUCCCCAAACAGCGGUCGUGCCUGCAGACGCCACGGCCCUCUAUCAGCCCCAGGUUCUGCUGAACCCCCGCCCCAUGCAGCCCACCCCUGCUUUCUACCCCGCCAGUGCCCAGCUCUUCAUGAACUACACCGCCUAUUACCCCAGCCCCCCUGGCUCACCAACCAGCCUGAACUAUUUCCCCUCCCACACCAGUGCUCCCACCUUGGGGGCCCAACCCGGAGCCUUGGUCAGGAUGCAUGGUCUGGCCUACAACAAUGGAGUCAAAGAGAUCCUGAACAUCGUCCAAGGCUACCAGAGUCCUCCUGAAUCUAUGGCUCUUGUGAAUAGCCUCUGUGGACAGCCCAGUAGCAGCGAUGCCCUCGUGACCCUCCCAGCUUUACUGUCAGCAAAGCAGUCGCUUCAAGACAGGGGCCACAUGCACCUUGGGGGCCCCUUCCUGGAUCUGCAGCUGCUGUAGAGCUGGUCACAAACACUGAGGAGCCCCCCCCCACCUCACACCAUCUGUGAGAUGCUGGACUCCCUCCACAGAGAAAUUACAACUGGGGGAAUUUAGUCCCUAGCAAAUGUCCCACUGGAUUUUAAUGUCAUGCUUAGGUAUGCAAAUCAUUUAAGCUGUCUAUUUAUGUAUAAAUAUAUGUAAAAGCAUAAAUAUAUGUAUAGUCUACCGAUUUAAUGUGGCUUUCUGCCAAAUUGCUUUGUUGUAAAUUGCACAGUGUAUUUUGUAAACAUGUUAGAAAAGUUAUUACCAAAGGCAACGCAUCAUUUUUUUUUCUAUGCAAGAAGUGCCAGUUGUCUUUGUUUUUUUGUUUUGCUUCAGAAAUCUUUUUAAGUCUAAUCCUGCGCAAGUGCUGUGUUCGUGCUACGGUUUAUGUUUCGUUCAUGACACGGUCAUUCGGCGGGUUGGACUGCGAGGAUGUAAAACUUGACGAGUUCACACACUGUGUGUGCCAAGUGAGAGAACGAUUCAUGCUACUGCUUUAUCCACUGGCUUAAAAGCUGUGAUUUAACAACCCUGUCUAAAGUUCUCUUUGUGGUUUGCAUUGUGAAAGCAGCCACUAUCUGUGUUGUGCUUCAGUUAUUUUGUUUUUAUUAUUUGCCUAUCUGAAGAAUUGGCUCUCAGGAAGGUUUUGUUUUCAAGUGUAGAUAUAAACCUCAACAUUAUAUAACAAUACAUUCUAGUGUUUCUUGAUAUUUCACUUUUUCACAGUAGCCUUUGCCAAUGUAUCAUAUUGUUACCAUGGCUGCUUGUAUCACCUUAGAUUGCCAUAGAUAGCUGUAGAGAGAAGAAGGACAAGAUGCACCAAGUUAAACUCAUUUUCAAAAUACAUGUUGCUGAAGAUUUUUUUUUUUCAUUUUUAGCCAAAUAUGCUUGUAGUCAUAACCUUUUUUUCCUGUUGACAGUUGUAGAAAAUGCUGUAUUGCAUGAUGAAGUUAAAAACAAGGGCUAUACUUAUUCUAUAAGAUGUUUACAUACUCUGCCAAAACCAAUGCACUGCUGAAUCCAGAGUUUUCUAUAGAGUGUAUUUUGUCUGACAUACAGAUACUUUUCCCAAAAUAAUAUCUCCUCCUACAGACAUUAGGGGCAUGCUGUGUUUCUUUUUGUGCAUGAGGCCUUUUCUGAUUGGUGUAAGUGUCCCAUGUGACUGACUUGGACCAAUCAGAGAUGUGUAUAAUCGCAAAGGAAAAAAGCACCACACCCAAAUACUGGGCAGUAAGUGUUCCUGAACAAUAUGAAUCCAGACCCUGAAUGAUAACUACAGACUUGCAAAGAGAGCAAAUGAAAUGUUGCUGUAUUGACUUCAAACUUUGACCUUUAGUAGCUGACUAGCCUGUAUAUUAGAUUUACUGAGUUUGUAUACCACUCUGGCAUCUUUUUUUACUUUUCUAUUGUAUGUACAGGCAAUAAAUUACAAUAAGACCCUAUUCCACUUUGAAAUAUUCAGGUCAGGAACAAUAUGCAUCUACAGUAUACUGUAGUUUAAUCCUUUGCAUUGUGAAGUAGCCAUAAAUAAUGCGCAUGUCUAGUUAUUAUUAUAAAUUGUAUCUUAAAAGAUUUAGGAAAUCUAUUGUUCAUAACCACAGGAAUGUACAUAAGCUUUGGUCAGUAUAUUUGAUCAGAGUUGCAUGCAUAUUGAAGUAGAUAGAGCUAUAUUGUUUAGAAAUUGUACAUUUCCUGUAAGGACUAUGCUACAAAGAAUGCAGUCAUGUCUGGCAACCAAGUAUCUGGACAUAAUGAGGAAAAACCAGAACAAUAAUAAAAAAACAUUCAUUUUAAAUUUG